UAGCUUCCAUCGGUGGCCACAAUCAAAUAUGAGUCGGGCAGAUGAACAAAAUCAAAUGAAUUAGGUUAGAUCAAUAACCCUAAUUCUCUAUCCUAAAAAAUCAAAUAAAUUAAUAGAUUAUAGAUGAGCAUGCCCAAUUAAGGAAAGAAAUCAAAAUCGAAAUUAGGGUUUCUAGAUUUAGAUUAGAUCCGACAGAGAAUAGGAAAAGAGAAGGGAAGCGGAUAAGAAAUAGAGAGCAGAGAAGGAGAUAUUGGAAAGAAACUAUGUCUGCAAUAGUGUGCGGGAAGAGAUCUUUUUUUGAAGAAUUAACAGCGACAAGCCCUUCCACAGCCACCGCCGCUAAAAGAAUCCGUUGCUCUUCUUCUUCUUUAUCUCCUCCUCGAUCUGUUUUUUCCCUCUCUUCAUCCCCUUCUUCAUCCUUCUUCGUCCUCAAUAAUAAUAACAUCAACACCAGUCAAUCUUCGUCGCCUUUUAUUGAUCGACUCGUCGCCCUUUUCCCUGAUAUGGACAAACAGACCAUUGAGAGAGCGCUUGAAGAAUGCGGUGAUGAUUUGGAUUCAGCAAUCAGAAGUUUAAAUGAGCUUCGAUUGGGAUCUUCUACCGAUAACAACAACGUCGAUCCUAAUGUAGUUGCAACAUCUGAUUUCCAAUCACAAGGUUUAACACUAACUAACUUAGAAGUUCCGGCAACUGAUGAUACAUCAGCUUCAUCACAGCUCCCAAUGGAUGGUGCAGAGUGGGUAGAGCUGUUUGUUAGGGAAAUGACGAGUUCCUCCAACAUGGAUGAUGCUAGAGCACGUGCUUCAAGGGCACUAGAAGCACUGGAGAAGUCUAUAUGCGCACGUGCUGGAGCAGAGGCAGCCAAAAGCUUUCAGCAGGAAAAUAUGAUGUUAAAGGAACAAUUACAAGCACUGGUUCAGGAAAAUGCAAUUCUGAAGCGAGCGGUAGCUAUUCAGCAUGAGCGGCAGAAAGAGUUUGUGGAUAGGAGCCAGGAAUUGCAGCAUCUGAAGCAAUUGGUAUCCCAGUACCAGGAUCAAUUGAGAGCUUUGGAGGUGAACAACUAUGCAUUGACAAUGCACCUGAAGCAGGCUCAGCAAAGCAGCUCAAUUCCAGGUCGUUUUCACCCGGAUGUAUUUUAGAGUAAGGUGGUAUAAGGUCUGAGUCGAUGCUGGAUCUGCAUGGCUGCAGACAUAACUUUCAUCUCUCCUUUCUCUGUCUAGCUUCACUUUGAAAUGCGUUCUAUGUACCAGAAUCAUUUGUUGCUUUGAAAAUUAAAGGUGUUAAUAAUUUAUAUGCAUUUAAAUGAUUAUAAAUGUAAAAGGGCACUUCUUGGUUUCAAGAUUAUUAAAGUUAUGCUAAUUAGUAAUUGUAA